GCAUAAACUUAAUCAAGGGCCAAAGGUCACAUCUUGUCAAUGUGCACAUUUAAACCAAAGCAGCAACAUUUACUUGGUGACAUUCAGCCUGAUGAUGGAGAGAGUACUAUUAUUGUUUGGACUUGUGGCUCUGGCCACCUCAUACACUAUACCAGUUUCCCCUGAGGUACAUGAGGUAUAUGAGAAUGGUGAGGAUGAGAACCCCAUCUUAAACUUAGGUUCAGAUGCCAACCUGUUUGAAGGGGACAUCUUAAUUCCAGAAGGAAGGAAUGCCCUGAUUGACAAAAGAUACAGAUGGAAAUUUCCAAUCCCUUACAUUCUGGGUGAUGACCUGGAUCUGAAUGCCAAGGGCUGUGUCCACCAGGCUUUUGAAAUGUACCGGCUCAAGUCUUGUAUUGACUUCAAGCCUUAUGAGGGAGAGAAGACCUAUAUCAAAUUUGAAAAGAGAGGGGGGUGUUUCUCCAGUGUUGGUGACCAGCAGAACGGUCAGAUUCUAUCUUUGGGGCCAGGAUGUGAUCACAAGGCUGUGAUUGAGCAUGAGCUGCUCCAUGCUCUGGGAUUUUACCAUGAACAGUCCCGCACAGACAGGGAUGACUAUGUAAACAUCUGGCUAAAUCAAGUUACACCAGGACUUGAACACAACUUCAACAAAUAUAAUGAUGACUUCAUAACUGAUCAAAAUACUGCCUACGACUAUGAGUCCAUCAUGCAUUACAGGCCCUUCUCUUUCAAUAAGAACGAAACCAUUCCCACCAUCACCACCAAAAUCCCAGAGUUCUACAACAUCAUUGGCCAAUACCUCGACUUCAGCAAGCUGGACACCCUCAGGCUCAACCGGAUGUACAACUGCUCUGGCCCUCUCACCCUGCUUGACCAGUGUGCCUUUGAGUAUGCCAGCAUUUGUGGGAUGAUACAGGCCUCCUCUGAUGAUGCUGACUGGGUUCACACCAAGAGCAGUGUUGGUGCAGAGGAUCACACCCUCCUGGGAAGAUGCAGAGAUGCCGGGUACUUCAUGUACUUCAACACAAAGACUGGGAGGCCUCAGGAGUCUGCUCUCCUGGAAUCCCGAACUCUCUACCCGAAGAGGAAGCUUCAGUGUCUGCAGUUCUUCUACAAGAUGACUGGAAGCCCCAAGGACAGGCUGGUGAUCUGGGUCAAGAUGGAUGAUGGCACAGGCACCGUUCGCACAAUGAAGAAAAUACAUACCUUUUAUGCGGAUUCCGACCACACAUGGAAGAUCGCCCAUGUCCAAAUGGAGGUAGGGGUGAAGUUCCGCUAUGGUUUCCAUGCUGUGCGCGGUGACCCCUCUGCAUCCACCGGUGGCAUCUACAUUGAUGACAUCAGCCUGACUGAGACACGUUGCCCCAAUGCUGUGUGGAGAAUCCAGAACUUCACGAAGAUCAUGGAGACAGCUGACUAUAACACAGUAAUCAACAGCCCACGCUUCUACAGCCCUGAAGGCUACGGUUAUGGCGUCCGUGUCAUACCUUUGUCGAGUUACUCAGACUACACAGGGAACUACGUUGGGCUGUACUUCCACCUGGUCAGCGGGGAGAAUGACGUGGUGAUGCAGUGGCCAGCGAAAAACAGACAGGCCACCUUGGUGGUGAUGGACCAAGACCCUGACAUUAAACUGAGGAUGUCUACUGCUCGCAGCCUCACAACUGAUGCAAGGACGACAUCAGAUGGAAAGUUCCUCUGGGACAAUCCCUCCAAGGUGGGGAAGUAUGAUCCCUCCUGUGAGUGCUUCAGAGGUGAAUCGUUGGGCUGGAGUAACUUUGUCAAGCACUUUGACCUCAGACGACGUAAUUAUCUCAAGAAUGAUGACCUCAUCAUCUUCGUCGACUUUGAAGACAUAACAUCACUGAUCAAGACAGAAGUUCCUAUUAAGCCAAAGGAGUAAGAUCGCUCAGGCUUUUUAUAUGAUGAGCAAAUGGAGAUGCAACAUGUGCAAGUGGGAUGAGAAAAACCUGUGAAGAUGAAGAAAGGAUGGAAUAUUACUGUUGUAACACUAUCAGAAUCAUACACAUAAUAUAUAACAUGUAAAUGUUAUAUUUGGUAGCUAUAAUCUGCACGUAAAAGUUGAAAUAUAUACAUAACAAGCUUUUAAAGCACAAAGUUCUUUUUGAACUGUUGUCUCAAUAAACACAAGCUAAGACUA